UAUAAUGACGUUUAUUUACGACCCCAUGUGAAAAAAUUGGAUUUUUAUGGGAUAUGUUAUAUCGAUUAGCUGUUUUAUUAAUACAUUUUGUUCCACUUUUCCUUUAUGAAUGACUUAAUUUAGCUGUUUACUAAUUUUCUAAUAUCGAAGAUUAAUCUAGCCUGCAACCAACAUUUCUAGUCUACAUCAGACACACGUAUUUUGUCCAUUGCCGUUACACGUGGAGUAAUGAAAAUCAUGAAGCGACCGAAUAUUCUUCUAACAGGAACCCCCGGAGUAGGAAAAACCACACUAGGGAAGGAACUAUCACAGAGAACGGGGCUGACUUAUAUCAACGUGGGGGAUCUAGCACAGGAAGGAGAACUAUAUGAUGGUUUUGAUGAUGAAUACCAGUGUCCUGUGUUGGAUGAGGAUAGGGUGGUUGAUGAGCUGGAGGACAGGAUGAAUGAAGGAGGGAUGAUUGUGGAUUACCAUGGCUGUGAUUUCUUCCCCGAGCGGUGGUUCCACAUAGUAUUUGUACUGCGUACAGACAACUCUCAGCUGUACACCCGCCUAGAGAGCAGGGGUUACUCGGGGAAGAAGCUUCAGGACAACAUCCAGUGUGAGAUCUUCCAGACCAUUUAUGAGGAAGCCAUGGAGGCUUAUAGACAAGAGAUUGUCCACCAGCUGCCUAGCAACAAGCCAGAAGACCUUGAAAACAAUCUAGAACAGAUUGUUCAGUGGAUAGAACAAUGGAUAAAGGAUAACAACUGAAGACCUUUGCAUGUGCACAGUAGCUUAUGACAUUCCCUCAGCUGGGAAUGCAUAGUUAAGUUAUUGAUAUUAUCAACUAUGAAAUAUGUCGUGAUACGAUGGAUGCACGGAGAAAAUGUCUGUUUUCUCAUUCUGAACAUGAACACCAUUAUGUGCUAUACUUAUCAAAAGUUUGAUCCACUUUACAUGAUAGCUCAAAUAAAAUAAAAAAAAAUGCUUCACUUUCUGCUACUUCCAUGCAUACUCUGAAGCCAGUAUUUUCAUUGGGUGGCUGGCAGAGAAAUAAAUAAUGAAUUUGCAGUCAUCCUGUAAACCAGAGAUAACAGCAGUUUAGUACCAAAGGAGUGCAGUGCAAGUAACGUACUGAGUGUUUCUCAAUCAGCCUCUAAAGUAUUUACUGAUAUGAGAUGUCAGUACUACAGGGUGAUAAUUGAACUAGAAGGCAGUUGACGUCAUUGGCACAGAUAAUGGCAGCCUGGAAACAGAUUAGGCCCAAAAUCAGUAUUUCCCCAAAUAAUUUAUAUACAAAGUGUUGAAAUCUGGUCUGGUUUUAUUCAUUUAUUUUUGUCAUUUGAUUAUAUGUGUGAACAAGAGGAUUUAAAUUCUCCACAAAUUGGCUUAAAAUGGUAUGCACACGAAUAUUAAAUAUACUAUUUGCAUUUAAAUAAACAACAGGAUGAUCUGUUCAUAUACUGCAAUAAUAUAUAUUCAUUUUCAGUCUUUUAUAGAAAAUGAAAUGUGCAUUUUGUCUGUACAUGGGUUUGAAUAUAGAUGUCGUAUUAAAAGCUUUAUAGGCACAAUAUUGAUGGAUGCAAGAGAAUUGGUUUCCUUAUAAGAAUGCCUUAUGAUGGUUUGAAAAAGCAAGAAGUCUGAUUCAUUUAUGGCAUUUAAAAAUACAUUACGAUUGCAAAUAAAAUGUUUGCUAUAA